AUGCCGCCAAGUGAUUGUGAACAGUCUCACUCUGCUAUCAUUGAUGUAGUGAUUUUCAUUGCCGUGGUUGGUGCUUCUGGGGUUUUGUUGUAUCCUUACAUAAAUCUUGUGGUGCAUAUACUGAUUGAAUUUUUCGAAGAAGUUUCUGAUGUGGUGAAAGAGGAAUUUUUGCGCGCUCCGAUGGUGUUUAUCUGUCUAGGGCUUAGCAUUUUUUUUGCUGUGAUUGCUCUUUUGGCAGUGACUAUUUGUACAACAGGGAGAGGAUGUGGGAGACCAGGUUGUCGUCGGCUUAAGAAAGCUGCUGAAUUUGAUAUACAGCUAGAGACAGAAGACAGUCUUAAGAAGUCAAAUUUGACUCCUCCUAAAAUUGGAGGAGUUAAAAAGGGGAUAUUCAAGUUACCUAGAGAUUACCAUCAAGAAUUGGAAGGUGAGCUUAAGAGAAUGGCUCCGCCUAAUGGUAGAGCCAUUCUUGUGUAUCGAGGCAGAUGUGGUUGCUCUAUAGGUACAAUGGAAAUUCCUGGACCAAGGAAGACUGGAAAGUUUAAGAAAUAA